UUACACUUCCUUUUCCGGUCAGCCAUUACUGAACUAAGUGAACAGGUCAAGAUGCAGAACGAUGCGGGUGAAUUCGUGGACUUGUACGUCCCUCGCAAGUGCUCUGCAAGCAAUAGGAUAAUCGGUGCUAAGGACCAUGCCUCUAUUCAGAUCAACAUUGCUGAGGUCGACAAGACAACAGGCAGGUUUAGCGGGCAGUACAAGACUUAUGCAAUUUGCGGAGCCAUUCGUAGAAUGGGUGAAGCAGAUGAUUCUCUUCUAAGGCUGGCCAAGCAUGACAACAUAGUGGCAAAGUAA